AUGUUUCCUUAGCCUACUGGGACACGUGGCAUUACACGCGUGCCUAAACGGCCGGCACGAUUCCAUUUUUCUGUAUUCUUGUUUUCUCUUUCCUCACUGCCCUUCCUAACGCCGGCAUCGGUAAACAUGCGGAAACUCCGGCAUGCCGUCUUCCUCACUCGUCUAUCUCUCUCCUCCACACUGCACUGCCACUCGAAAAUGGCGUCCAUCAUGCCGACCAGAUUUCUUCUUUUAAGAACCAUCUGGAAUGUUUUGGAACCACCAUCAUCUCCUUCCUCUUCUUCACCGCGCUAUUUCUACACUGCUCCUCUUUUCGCUUCUAGAAGUUUCUCUUCCAAUGUUGUCGACGAAUCUCAAGCCCCUGCUCCCAUCGAUUAUCUGAAGAUGAGUUUCAUCGGCUAGCGGAUUCCACCAUAAAUCAUCUGCUCGAGAAACUCGAGGUGGAUUUUCUGGAGCAUAUCGAUUGGAGGAGUGUCAAAUGUCUCAGCGAUUCUAUUGCCCACGUCCUUGAGCAGGUUAUUUACUCUUCCUUCAAUUCUUGUGAGCAUAUUUGAUUAAUUAUGGUUAGUUUUAAGAGUAUCUCCUGCAUUUGGUUUAAGAGUAACUUGUGAACAUAUUUGAUUGGUUAUGACAACUUAAAUUAGGGUUUUAUCUUUCUGAAUGUAUUGAUUAAUCAAUUUAUGUUGCUCUGGAAUUUACCCAGAUUAAUUAUGCUUUUGUUAGCUCUUUUAUUAACUUUUAAAUUUUUUUAGAUUAGGACUUCUAAAAUAAACGCAAUUUCUAUAAACACCAUCCACUCUAUCCUUUAGGUUAGCUCUUUUAUUAACUUUUAAAUUUUUUUAGAUUAGGACUUCUAAAAUAAACGCAAUUUCUAUAAACACCAUCCACUCCAUCCUUUAGCAAACACAAACUCAUCUAUCAAUAUACAUUUGAGCUCGAAUUUACCGCGUGGAUCGGUGUUGCUGGUACGGAUAUAUUAUCAGACUAUAGAUACAACCUUGUGUAUUUUGCAUUUAACAUAUGAUAAUGAUUUGAUUAAUUGAGUUAUGUGAUGACACAAGAAGGGGAAAGGACCUGAUAAAAGGAUAAAUGAUGGGGAGAUCACCGUGUUGCGAUGAAAGUGGGCUAAAUAAAGGGCCAUGGACACCGGAGGAGGACAAGAAGCUAGUGGAUUACAUUGACAGACACGGCCAUGGAAGUUGGCGAGCUCUACCAAAACUGGCUGACUUGAACUGCUGUUGAAAGAGCUGCAGGCUUCGCUGGACCAACUACCUUCGUCCUGAUAUCAAAUGCGGAAAGUUCUCUGAGGAUGAAGAGCAAACCAUCAUCAACCUUCGCUAUGUGCUUGGCAACAAGUGGUCGGUCUGCAAUAGCAAGCCAUCUUUCAGGGAGCACGAACAACGAGAUUAAAAACUUCUGGAACACCCACCUGAAAAAAAAGCUUCUGCAGAUAGGUAUCGACCAUGUGACUCACAGGCCGAGGACAGACCUCAACCUGCUAGCUAACCUCCCUCAGUUGCUCAUGGCUGUCAACCUCAGAAAUAGUCUCAUGAUGAACAACAGUACUGGCAAUGGGAUUCCUACUUUGGAGGAUACACUCAGGUUGUUGGAAUCUGAUGCCACCCAACUCGCGAAAUUCCACAUAUUCAACAAGUUGCAGGUGAAGCCCAAGCAGCAGCUAUCUACCUACUGGGGCCUCUAAAAUUACUAAUCUGCUUUGUUAUUCAACCAUGCCCUUCCAAAACCAAUUGAACGAUAAUCUAAUCAGAAUGCCCAAUUAUCAAGUGGAAAACGGGCCAAUUAUCAGUCAGUUUCCACCUUCGAAACAUUUAGGUUCUAGCAGCUAUGAAGCUCUUGCAACUCAUCAGUUUCAGCCAAAUUCCAAACAUAACCCCCAAAGGAGUAAUACAAGUAAUGAUCAUCACAAUGAUCAACAAACGAAUGGCACUAUAUUGCACCAUCUGGUAAGAGACUUCGGUCGAUGGUUGAGAUUCAGAGGAGUGACUAUGUCCCUGUUUUCAUUUCAAAUUCCAAAGCCUCUGCAAGAGAACUAUGUCAGAAAUAGCCCUGCUCGUUUACCUAUGCCGGAUGGCUCUAAGUUUGGGAUGUCAAGAGCCGAUCAGACCAUUCUGGGAAAAAAAGAUAAAUUGGUACAUGGAGAACAAAUCCAAGAUCAUCUUUGCUGGCGAAUUUAUGAAGACAUCAGGCCUAUAAGAUUCCACACUAGAUCAUCAACAAGAACAUUGUGUGUUUAUAAAGGCAUGAAUUUCACUCUGGUCUUAUCAUCUAUUGAUUUGUUAUUUCCAUUGGCAUGUUCUAAUUCCGAGGGUGCUCAAUCUGAGGGAGUGAGUUUUGACCUAGGUUUCCAAUAAUCUCUCUUGUGAUAUGUGCAUGUAAAUGACUUAGAUACGUGUGAUUUAUGGUGUAUUUAGUAGAUCUUUAUAUGGUGUCCCAUAUAUUGUGUUGGACUGUGUCACCAUAUGUUUGGCAGCGGUUCUGAUGGUUGUGGUGUGUUAUGGGCGCCUAUUUUUUUGUUCUCAUGCGCCUAUGUAAGCUUAGAGUAUAGUUUUAGGUUCUUGAUUAAUGGAACAUCUUGGAUUUUGACUGAAAGGUAAUGUCGGGAAUUUUUAUGACAUCUUUAUUUCUCUGUUUUCA